AUGGAUCCGUCAGGGAUCAUCGGCAUCAUCAGCGUGGUGGCUCAGAUCGUCACCACGUGCUCGAAACUUGGCCUGAGCUGGCGUGAUGCUCCAGAAGACGCCAAGAAAUUCAAGAAUGAGAUGGAUGGGCUGUACAAAACACUCUCGGAAACUUCAAGCCUUCUGAUCCAGAACCCCGACUUUAUUGCAGCCUUCGAGGGACAGCAUUCUGCGGUGCUGUCUAACCUUACGACACUUUCCAGUCCCGACGAUGAAAGCCUUCUCUCUGCUUGUCAGGAAGAACUCGCACGUGUUCUCAAGGGCCUACAGAAACAGAUUGAGGGAAGCCGCUUCGGCUGGCAACGAUUCAAGGCGAUGUUCUCUGGCGAAAUGACGCAGUCGGCAAUUGAGAACCUUCAGCGUCGAUGCCAAGUGAUCAACAGCAUGAUCUCGAUCGACAAUACUACACUUGCGGUGAAAACCAACCUCGAAGUCCAGUCUUUGAAGAAGAUUCUUGCCGGAAGAGAUUUAGACGAAAGCAGAAGGCGGAUCUUGGAUCGAAUAACGUCGAUCGACUUCACAGCGCAGCAGAUUGACAACCUCGAUAGGAGACAAGAGGGAACUGGAAAAUGGCUUCUUGAAUCCCCAGAGUUCGAAGCCUGGGUCCAUGGAGAUCGAAGAACACUUUUCUGUCCCGGAAUGCCAGGUGCUGGGAAGACCAUGCUUUCGUCGAUCGUCAUCGAGCAUUUAAAACGCCGGUUUGAGGGAAACUCGUUGGUUGAGGUUAGCUUCAUGUUUUGCAAUUUCCGACGACACGAUGAGCAAACGCCCCGUGACUUGCUUGCCAGUAUAUUGAAGCAACUUUAUUGCACGACGCCAGCAGAGUGCGGAAUAGUAGAGAAGACCUACGAAUACGAGAUAUCUUCGGCGUCGAGACAAGACAUAAUACAUUGUCUCAAAGCUGUGGUACUCCAAUUCAGCAGAGUGUACAUUGUCAUCGACGCCCUGGAUGAACUCGACGAUAAUCGAAAUAUGUUACUCGAAGCUAUAUUGAAUUUGCAAGAAACAUCAUGUGUCAACAUUUUUGCAACUUCUAGGCACAUACCAGAAGUCGAGCGCUACUUCGACGGCACACCCCACAUCGAAAUACGGGCUGUUGAUGGAGAUGUGAUGAAGUUUUUGGAUGGACAAAUCUCGAAGCUUCCCUUAGCGGUGAGAAAGAACGAAGACCUGCAGGACCAAAUCAAGACUACUAUCGUUCAAGCUGUCCAAGGAAUGUUUUUAUUGGCGCAAUUUCAUUUGGAUUCACUACAAGGCAAACGCUCAGCCAAAGCUGUCAGAGAAGCACUUUGCAAACUUUCCAGCGGUUCCGAGGCGUAUGACGUUGCGUAUGAAAAGGCCAUGGAGCGUAUCGAUCGACAGCUCGAAGACCAAAAGUCACUCGCAAUAGACGCGCUUUCUUGGAUAGUGUGCGCUCGGCGACCACUCAAAACCAUGGAGCUGCAACACGCUCUCGCCGUGGAGAGAGGAACGACUGAACUAGACGAAGACAACAUUCCUGAGCUGGAGGAUGUUGUCUCAGCAUGUGCUGGUCUAGUCACGAUUGAUGAGGAGAGUCAGAUUAUUCGUUUGGUCCACUACACGACCCAGGAAUAUUUCGAGAGGACGAAGGGACGAUGGAUGCCCGAAGCACAGAGGCUCUUAUCGACAUCUUGCGUUGCGUAUCUUUCUUAUGAUAGAUUUCAGUUCACGUUUGAGGAACAUCUAGAGCGGUUACAUCUGGACACGAAAGAAAAGCACAUGAUCUCCCAAUUUCGAGGGUAUCGAUUCUCGGAAAUGGUCAAGGAACUUGUCACCAGCGAAAAUCCGCUAUACGACUACGCCGCUUGCAAUUGGGGUUAUCACGCGAAAUACAUACAUCCCCCGGACCAGGAUACACUCAGCUUCCUUACCGACAGAGGAUAUAAUCGCUCUUCAUCAUUCCAUGUACUCCUGGACAAGAGCAAGUUUGCUUUCAAAUUAUUCUAUUGGAGGCCGCCCCCUCGAGAUGUCCGUGGAGUACAUCUUGCAGCAUAUUUUGGUCUGAUCAGGAUCUUUGAGCUUUUGGAAGGAACUGAAAAAACUAAUUUGAACCUCGAGGAUAGCUACGGUUACUCGCCACUUUUCUAUGCCAUCCUAGGAGGCGACGAAGAGUUUCUCAAGUAUCUCCUCGCGCAAGGUGGGCUGAGACUCAACAAAAAAGCAGGUCCCAACAAGAGCCAUAUGUUCCCACUCCAAAUCGCUGUGAACUGCGAAAACAAAGCCGCUGUCCGCGAUCUGAUAGGAACGAAUAGAGUUCAUCUUGGAGCCAAGGACUUUUUGGGGAACACGGCUCUCCGUCAUGCCGCAUUUUGCGGCAACGUCGAUAUUUUUAAGCUCCUGAUCGAAACAGGCAAGGUCGAUAUUGAAUUGGAUGCUUCGGAGCGGCCAAUGCGCGAUCGGGUGACACUGCGGACUGUCCAAUGGCUACUUGACGAAGGAAAGGUUGACGCCAGUCUUCUCACGAGAACGAGUUCCGGGAAGACGCCGUUAGAUCUUGCCUUGAAGAACCGGAAGCCAGAGGACCCAGUUAUCAAAAUCAUUUCGGAUAGGAUGACUUUUUUAAAGACGACGAAGAUCUAA